AUGCCUCUUCAUUUCGUUUUACUGGUGACUACAUAGACAAAAGAAAUGUUGACUUUCUUGGAAGAUGUAAAACCAGGAUCAUUGCUAUUGAUGCUGUAUGCCACCCAAGGAUGAAACAAUACAAACUUAAAUACCUUCUACAGGAGAUUAAUAAGGCAUUCUGUCGCUUUUUGGAUCAAUCAAAAAGUUGUCAGCACAGGAAACUGUUUCAGGAAAAUGGACUUAAUGUGCUUAAUCUUGAUCAAGAUGAUAAAGAUCAUGAUUAUAUAUCCAGGACUAAUAUAUUGUUAGAUGAAUCUACCUCCACUUCUCUUGAAAGGAAUGAAGGAAGAUACAUGAACAAAAAUAUUAGAAAUCCUGAUAGUAAUGGCAGUCAGUUUUUUGACCACCAAGAUAGUAUUGGGAUUGCAACUGGAAAUUGGGGCUGUGGUGCUUUUGGAGGAGAUCUUGAAGUAAAGUAAAGACCAUUAUACAGUGGCUUGCCGCUUCACAUGUAUGUGUCAGUACUCCUUUAGGAGGUGUUAAAUCUUAUAGUGCCUGUGGCACAGAAUAGGGACUUUUAGUUUUGUGCUCAUAUUUUGUAUUUUUGUUAGAUAUUUCCAUUAACUGCAGCACAUCCCUUUCAGGCUCUAAGACCUUUCAUUUCAUACUACACAUUCAGUCCUGAGGCAUUGCAAAAUGUGGAUCAGAUCACUCAAUGGAUUCUGUCACACAAAUGGACGGUUGGGUGCCUUUGGAAUAUAUUGGUAGAGUAUUCAAUCCAGAGAUUCAAGGGAGAAACAAACCUGGGUUUUUUUGCUUGGCUCCUUCCUUCCCUGCCUGCCCACGAGGCUGACAGCUUCAUCCAAGCCCCAGGAAGAUAAUUUUUCUGUUUGCAAUUGGUGACAACCUUGUCUUUGGGCUGGCUUUUCUAACACCAUGAAAUGAGAACUGAAAAGGAAGAAUUACCAGAGAGCAAAUUUUAACCCUCUCAGGUCCCAGCAGUGGUGUCUUCCACAGUUCAAAGCUCAAAUCAACCUUUCAUUCCUACCAACCGGUGUAAUGUUAUGGUUAGAUGACCAUCAACGAACACGUUCAUCACUGUAUUGCAUGCUCAUAACUCGAUAUUAUUAUCUACUACAAAUCAUUCAAGGUAUACAUUUGUUUUGUUAAUCUUCACUUAGUUUGCCAUUUCAUAUCUUUGUUGUGUGAUUUUUUUUGCACCAUAGCGUGCAGUUUCAGUAAGUGAAUGUUAGAAGGACAUGAUAAUGGUGCUAAUUAACUUAACCACUCAUUCCAAAAAUUGCAUGUUUUGGAGUGAACUGAACUCUUUUAUGCUUUUAAAACCGCCCUUCAGCUGUAUUGCCUUCAAAAGCUUGAGCAAAGCAGCGAAACUGCCGAAGCAAGGGGGACAGUUACAACAUACAACAUAGCAUUUCCUUUUGCUUUGGCCCUUGAAACUGGGUUUAUUGCGCUGUAGGUUGAUUCUAUUGGGGAUUUGGACUGGACCAAGGUCUCUUUGGGAUCUCUGAGCCAUUUUUCUCAUUCAUAUAAUUUUUUUUUGAGAAUCACGUUUUUCAGGUGAGAUUGCAUAUUAAUUGUAUGUUUAAUUUGAUAGGGACAGGGAUGAAAGUUUUUCUAUUUGAUUAGCAAAAAAUUUAGAAAGGAAGGGAGUUUAUCCAAAUGAGAAAAGCAAAGAGGUGGGAAGGGAAGGGAAGGGCAAGACAAUCGUAUCUUUUUAAUCUCCUCAGCUCUUCUGUGAAAAAUAUAGAUCAGGUAUUAAAAAUAUAGAGUCCCAACAAAAACGACGUAAUUUCUUAAUCCCAGCCCCAGCCCCAUCUCUUCUUCGCCCUUUUUGUAAUCAUCUCCAUCUCCUUUAAGCCCCUUCUGCAGUCAUGUUCAUCAUCUACAAUAUGAACAAAGUGCCAAACAAAUUAUGAGGAUUGUAAUGAAGGAAGCAAAGGGACCACAAUUCCGGAAAUGAUAGGAAUAAGGACCACCCAAAGCUUACUCUAAAAAUAGCAUUUCCCUAAAUUUAUGCAAAGGAAAUCCAGCACCUGCUUUGCUUUAUGCAACAAAUAGAGAAGCAAUAAAAUAGAAACAAACUAACGAAUAAUUGGAUUAAGUAGUAAGCGGCUUGUUCCAACUUAAGCAUGUGUACGCAGCAACCUUCGUUGGUAGACACUCACCAUUUUUAGGGUGCGCGAUGUGGGUCGAUCCGGAUUAGUCGGGGUGAAAUCCCGGAUACUGGAUGGGAAACCAAAAAAAAAAAUAAAAUAGAAACAAGAAU